AUGACCUCUCAUUUGAAUACAAUAUCUUUUCUUGUUUCUCAAAAAGGAAAACCAGUGUUGGUGAAAGACAAUUUCAUAUAUAAAUUGAAUAAAACAACAAAUUCGACAAAAUAUUACAGAUGUGCGGAACAAAGCUGUACAGUGACUUUACACACGGAUUUAAAUGAUGUUCUAGUUAAAGUUAAAGGAGACCAUUCUCAUCCACCAGAAUCCGAUGAAAUUGAAAUUCGGAAAUUCAAACAUAAUCUCAAACAACGCGCUAUUCAAGAAACUGUUCCAAUACCGAAAAUAUACGAUGAAGAAUCGUCUAGAUUUUGUUUAACAUCAUUGUCUAUUGCAAUUCUUCCAGCACAGAGGGAGAUAGCUGGUUCAUUGAAUAAAUCAAGACGUCUUCAAACACCAGUCAUCCCGGAUUCUCAAACAUUCGAUAUACCUGAAGUUUAUUCAAAAACCUUAAAAAAUGAACCAUUUCUUUGUAUUGAUAAAUUUAUAAGAAGAAAAACUCGUGUAUUAGUAUUUGCUUCUCGUGAACAGUUGACGUUGUUAUUUGAAAGUUCAAUUAUCUUCAUGGAUGGCACUUUUAGUGCUUCGCCGUCGAUUUUCGAUCAGGUAUACAGUUUACAUGGUAUAAAAUAUCAACAAUGUUUUGCAUGUGCAUUUGGUCUACUUCCCGAUAGGAAAAAACCAACGUAUAAGUUUUUAUUUCAAGAGUUGAAAAAUCUUGCUGCUGAAGUGAAUCUUUGCUUUAACCCUGCUACAAUUAUGUCGGAUUUUGAAACAGGUUUAGCAGAGGCUAUUCAUAGCAAAUUUCCCAAUUGUAAUCAUGUCGGUUGUUUUUUCCACUUUACACAGGCAGUGUAUCGACAUAUUCAGACACUGGGCUUAUCACAAGAAUAUAAUAAUAAUGAAGAGGUUCGGCUUAUUUGUAGAAAGCUCAUGGCUCUGUCUUUGUUACCUUUGCAUUUGGUCAUACAAAGUUUUGAUGAUCUUUUUGAAUUUAUUCUUCAAGCACCAUCAAAUAAAUUUGAUUUACUGAAGCCUUUAUUCAAUUAUUUCGAUAACUAUUGGAUAAAACAAGUUGAUUUAAAAAAAUGGAAUAUUUUCGGAUUAGAAAUACGAACUAAUAAUAACGCAGAAGGUUUUCACAACCGUCUUAAUGCGAGAUUAUCGAAAUCUCAUCCAAAUAUAUGGACUUUUAUUAAAUGCAUUCAGGGAGAACAAAAUAGGUUUAACCAUUUGAUGAUCCAAAUGAAAGGUGGUCUUUCGUCUCGACAAAAAACUGCUAGAACACUUGCUAUUCAACAAAGACUUAAUACUUUAUACUUGCGGCAUGAAAAAGGCGAUAUAAGUGAUAGUGAACUUUUCGAAAGCUUAUCAUAUGUUGUUGCCAAGAACAUGGUAUCAAAGAAAAAAAUAGAUUUUGAUAAUCUUUUCGUUCAUAACUAUUUUUCAUGGUGUAUUCUUUUCAAUUCUCUGGACUUAAUAAAUUAUCAUUAG